UUCUUUCACCGGUUUCUUGAUUGCGAAGGGAAGGUUUUGGCUUUCGAACACGUCAUGGCCUCGUCCUCACAAAACGCUAGCAACGACGGCACAACCAAUCAGGUUUUGGUAGAAGACUGCAGGUUUACAAGGAUAUUGACACUUAACAGGCCUCGACAGCUGAAUGCUCUGUCUACUCCAAUGAUUAUGAAGCUACUGAAGCUUUUUGUUGCUUAUGAGAAGGAUUCUGAUGUCAAAUUAUUGAUAAUGAAGGGAAAUGGAAGAGCAUUUUCUGCUGGAGGGGAUGUUGCAGCAGUUGUCCAAUCUGUAACUCAAGGUCAUUGGACUCUGGGUGCAGAAUUCUUCCGGAAUGAAUAUACCUUAAAUUACAUAAUUGCAACUUACAGCAAGCCUCAGGUUUCUAUUCUAGAUGGAAUUGUCAUGGGUGGUGGGGCUGGCAUUUCAAUACAUGGUAGAUUUAGAGUUGUCACAGAGAAAACGGUUUUUGCUAUGCCAGAAACAGCACUGGGAUUCUUCCCAGAUAUAGGCGCUUCAUAUUUUUUAUCAAGGCUUCCAGGAUUCUUUGGGGAAUAUGUUGGCUUGACCGGUGCAAGGUUAGAUGGGGCUGAAAUGCUUGCAUGUGGCCUAGCAACUCACUUUGUCCCUUCUAUGAAUUUGACAUACCUGGAAGAUUUACUCACUAAGGUGGAAACUUCUGAUCCCUUUGUAAUCUGCGCAAUAAUUGAUCAAUUCUCAAAAAUGGUGCCUCUGAAAGUGAGUAGUGCUUAUAAUAGAUUGGAUAUAAUUGACAAGUGCUUCUCCAAAGAAACAGUUGAAGAUAUUAUAUCUGCUCUUGAAAAAGAAUCUGCUAGCAUGGCCGAUGAGUGGAUUGUGGUUGCAAUCCAGGAAUUGAAAAAGGCAUCUCCUAUCAGUCUGAAAAUCACUCUUAGAUCGAUCAGAGAAGGGAGACUGCAAGGAGUUGAUCGAUGUCUUAUGAAGGAUUUCAGAUUGUGUUGCCAUAUAUUACGUUUUGAAGCCAGCAAGGAUUUCUCAGAGGGUUGCAGGGCUAUAUUGGUGGAUAAAGAUAGGAAUCCGAAGUGGGAGCCUUCUAGAUUGGAUCUGGUAGAUUCCAAAGUGCUUGAUCAGUAUUUUGCUGAGGUCGACGAUCCAAACUGGGAGGACCUAAAACUCCCAUCAAGAUGCAGCUUAGAUGUCAAAUUUGUGUCAAAGAUUUGAAAGGUAGGUCCGAGGAAGCUUCUCCCUAUUGACUCUCUCACAACAAAUCAAAGUUAUCAGAUAUAUAGAAUGUUUAAAUAGAUUGGUCUUCCUAGGAAUAUUGAUGAAUAAAAGGAGGUUUUGAGAAUGCUA